AUGGAACAUAAAAAACCUCAUACAUUGCUCGAAACCACAUGGCAUGGAACAAAUUUGGCUUGUGAUAAUCAGGCUGAAACAAUGAUAAUCAAUGAAUGGUCACAUAAUGCGUCACCUCUAAAAUUAUAUAACGGUCGUCUGGUGUCAUUGUACCGAAUUCGAAAGCGUUACUUUGGCUAUACUCAAGUUGAAUUGUUAUAUAAAGGAAAUCCACUGAAACCGCAAUCAUUUCAUCAACUACAAUAUAAAACGUAUCUGAGAAACACUGAUUAUCUCGUUGGACAAUGUAUCUAUGAGAAUCAUAAUAAUAAUCGAACAAUUCAUUAUGGUCAAACAGUCAAUAGUGAAUUGUGUACUAUUUACAUCAUGUAUUUAUCCGUAGAUAAUAUGGAUAAAUCCAUUCAAAAAUGUUGGAAUAAUAAUUAUCCUACAUUAACACGUUUUACUCGUACUAAUGACGUUAAUUUUGCUGUGGCUAGCUAUUAUUUUUGGUUGCAUCAUUAUGCGUAUGUUUUGAACAGGAAAACGUCAAAUAUUGUGUCCAAAUGUGAAUGUACAGUAAUAUUUUGUCAUUUAGGACAAAUCCGUGGACUAGUCAAUAUGAAACCAAUUUCACCGUGGAAAAAUUUAUCUGCUAGUAGAGGAAAUCAAAAAGGUGCAGAUAGAAAACGUGCAGAUAGAAAAAACAGCAGUGGUGGAGAACAAUUAACUAGUUGUAUGGAAAACGAUAUUAAUAUGCAGCACUAA